CCAGGAGCCUCGCCGCUAAGAUAUGGCUGCUGCCGCGAAAUCCUCUACAUAUCCUCUAAAUAGCUUAAAAAUCAGCAAAACCCUCCAAAAUCAUCUCUCCCAUCAGAAAAAUUUCCGCUAUUUGCCGCGAUUACCCGCUAUGGCGGCCGCAACAGCUGCUGGGAGAGGCUACCACGAAAUCGUUUCUCCGGUGAUCUUAAUCUAUGGUCUUAACACACCACCGGCGAGCAAUAGAAGUUCGUUCGCGCUCGCACCCGGGGAAGGCCGCGACCUCCCGCCACGCCACCGGCGAAACCAAGACCACACCGCCGCGCCUGCGAGCCUUCACCUUUCCGAAUCAGGUAAACCCAUCUCUUGCUUGCCGUAGCACCGCACCGGAGCAGCACCGGCGAGCAAGGGAGCGUGCGGGCGGCGGAGUGGAUCUGCGGAGAGCUGUCUGUGUGGAUUAGUUUGAUGGCGAUUCACCUGCUGGCGUUCGUGGCGGCCAAGGGCUUCCUGCAGGUCUUCCAGGUCUCGGCGCCGCUGCUGUGGCCGCUCAACCUCUUCCUGCCGCUCCUCCGCAACCUUCCCCAGGCCUGCGUCGUCGUCUGCGGCGCGCUCGCCGCCCACGUCGCCUGGCUGCGCCGCGCGUACGCACGCCGCGGAUCCGGAAGCCGCGACGACGGCCAGGCCCACCGCCAGUCGAUGGUCGACAUCGCGUAGUGAGAUGUUUCAGUUUCUUCUUUCGCUGCAUGCUUGAUCACUGUAUUUUGGUUGUAACAUUGAUCUGAAAAUACAAGUAAAUUCUGCUAUAACCACGGAUUCUGGCGGGAUUAUUCGCCAUGGUAA